AUGGUGCUGUCAAGGUUACGUUCGAGCAUUUGUGUUGCUAUUGAGAAGUUGAUUGCAGCUGAGGUCGAUGAUAGUGAUCUCUCAGUUCUCUUCGGAACUUCGGUCGCUCAAAGUGUUCUGUCAGAUUUCUUCAAUGAAAUUUUGGAUGCUCUCAAGGACGCGGAUGUUGAGAUGCGCAUAAUCUUGAAGAUGAUUAUUGAUCUCCGUAGAAUCAUCACUGUUGAAGACCUGAUCUGUAGACCUUCUGUAUAUGACAGGCGUAGUGUCAUUCAGAAAGCUGUAUUUGAUGGGCUUAUUGCGAUGUUGGAUUCUGGAACUCAACCUGUAACCGCAGCAGAGAGAGGCCAACUCUGCGUCAUUUUGGUUGCAGGGGAGGACGGUUCUCGUAAAUCAACCACAUGUGUAAAGUUGGCACGACACUACAAAAAGCAGGGCUGGGAUCCUGCCGUGGUUUAUGCUGAUAAUUACAAUGCGGUCGAAUUUGCUCAACUAUGCCACCUUGCAACAAAAGCUGAAAUACCAUUUCAACCAGCACGUCGUGCUGAAAGAUACCAUAAUCGGGAUGCCUGCAAAAUUGCCGAUAAAGGUCUGAGGAGUUUCAAGAAUAGACAACAUGACCUCAUUAUUAUUGAUGCUUAUUUGGAUAAAUUGUUAGAAAUUUGUACAAAAACGAGGGCAAAUCUGCUUCUUUAUGUUGUGGAUAGCCAUAUUGGCAAUGCAAUUCCGUUUCCCGAUAAUAGUAAUUUCGAUGGAGGUAUAAUUGUUACUAAAAUGGAUGAUCAUGAGAAGGAAGGUGCUUGUCUUAGUGCAUUGGCUGCUCAUAAACUUCCAGUUAUGUUUAUUGAGACUGGUGAAGAUGUAGACGAGUUUGAAGCUUUUGAUGUGAAAUCCUUUGUCAACCGCCUCUUAGAACUGGAUGGUGCUGAUCAGACCGAGUUGAUCAGUGAGAAUAGGAUGAUGGGAAUUGCGAAUGAUGCUGGUUGCGAAGUGGAGGAUGUCAUUCAUGACAGGUUUGGCAUUGUUGAGGGUCUUAUGACCACUGUCCACUCCAUUACUGCCACCCAGAAAACUGUUGAUGGUCCUUCAGCUAAGGACUGGAGAGGUGGAAGGGCUGCUUCAUUUAGUUAA